GAUCGAGCUAGGCUCAUAACAACCCUUUUCUCGGCCGGGAGCGAGCACCAUGUCGGCCACGGCGGCCCUGACGGGGGUGGGCCUGGCUGGGGUGAGCAACGCGGUGGCGGCAUGCUUCACCAACCCGGUAGAUGUCAUCAAGGUGCGGAUGCAGCUGGCGGGGGUGUCUCAGCUCACGAGCUGCAACGCCACCGUGCUCUCGGCGGUGCGCCAGCUCUGGGAGAGCGAGGGCCUGCGGGGCUUGCACCGAGGCUUGCAGCCUUCCAUGCUCCGAGAGCUCUCCUACAGCGGCCUGCGUAUGGGGCUCUACGAGCCGGUGCGUGAACAUCUGGUGAAACUGCAAGGUUGGGAAGGCACAAAGACCUCACCCUUGGUCAUCAAAGUCAUCGCUGGUGCCACAACAGGCGCUGUGGGCGCUCUGCUGGCGAACCCCUUCGACCUGCUGAAGGUCCGGAUGCAGGGCAGCGAUGCUCUCUCUCGAGUUUCGGUGACGGCAGCCCUGCGUUCCAUCUACCAGCAGGCGGGACUCGUGGGGCUGUGGCGCGGCGCCGGGCCCACAGUGCAGCGCGCCGCGCUGCUCACGGCCUCCCAGGUGCCCAGCUACGAUCAUGCGAAGCACAAGCUCCUGGACGCAGGCCUGCUGAAAGAGGGCUACUUCUGCCACUUCAGCUGCAGCAUGCUGGCGGGUGUGGUGGCUGCAGGCGUCACCAGCCCCGUGGAUUUGGCCAAGAGCCGCAUCAUGACGCAGCCCGAGAAUGGGGCUUUAUACACCAGCACUUUGGACUGCCUGGUGAAGACGGCCAAAGCGGAAGGUCUACCUGCGCUCUACCGCGGCUUCAGCAUGCAGUGGCUACGACUUGGGCCCCACACCACGAUCUCCCUCAUGUGCUUCGAGCAGCUCCGGCACUUGGCUGGCAUGAGCUUCCUUUGACCUCACAGUCUCCUUGCAGCUGCACUGACCACAGCAAUGGUGUAAAGAUGCUGCGCGUCACGGGUGAGUCUUUUGCCUGUCCCCAAAGGGGACGGGGCCCUCAAGGGUUCGUGGACGCCCUCAAGGGUUCGCGCAACAAAAGCACAGUCACUCUUAUCCUGCUCUCCAGUCCAGUUGUGGCUGAAGCAGGUUUGUGAAGAUGCCGUGCGGGCGAGUCGAGAAUGAUGCUCGAUCGCUUCGGAUC